UGUGAAAAUCAUUGGAAAACCGAGCAGUUCAAAUUCGAGCAUCAACUGAAACGUAUCAUAUGCAUAUAUAUUUACUUACAUAUCUGAUGCAAUGGCUAUACCAACCGUAAAGAAAUGCUUUUGCCUUGAGCUGAAGUGGGGCGCUCUCAUUGCCGCCUUGGUUGACUUAAUCUUUGCGGGCUCCAUUGUGGGCUAUACUGACGGUUUUAGAGAUUCCGAUGGGGGUAUGAAUUUCGUCUGGUAUGCUGUCGCCUUGGUUCACAUUGUCCACAUAAUCUUCAUCAUUUUGGUUUUUGUUUCCCUUUGUGUGCCAAACAAAAAACUCGUCAUACCUUAUUUAAUAACUGGAAUAAUUCGCAUAAUACUGGAUAUCAUAUUUUUCAUAUUUGCGUGCAUAAAAAUGGGCGACGAUGAUAUCGUGGCCCUGGUUCUCAUCAUAAUUGACAUAGUUCUUGCAGUCAUCUUGUGGAUCGUUAUCUACUCAUGGUACAAGAAGCUUGGAGGCUCAGCGGACAUAUAGAUCACUCAGACUACAGCAAUACCCGAUAUAAUACGAAAAUGAUGCCAAGGCCACAAAAGAACACUACU